UGUCUUUGAAUCGCAGUGUUGAUCAGAUACGAGCCGCACAUUCCUUCAGCAGUUUCACGUGAAGCUUCAUUUUGUGAAUGAUGGAUUAUCCAGUGGAGGUUCAGUCUGUUUCUGAGGAGCCCAGCACUCAAAUGGAGCUAAAAAAGGGAAUGUCGAUCUUCAUUGAUGUAAGUAAAACAAUUUUAUUUUUAAUUUUUUCACUUCUUGUGACACGUGUGCUUCAUCUUAAACACCUUCCUUGACAUAUUAUUCUUUAUUUCGUGCAAAAAAUGCAAGUUUAAAAAAAUAAUUUUGUUUAAAUCCACUACCAGUCUAUAAUAACAGAAAAAAACAAGAGGAAAAAGGAAAAAUAUAUAUGUUUUUUAUAAUCUUAAAUGAUCUGUUUGAGGCGUUUAAUCACCCGAAUCAAUAACCUUAUAAUUUAUGCAGGGCACAGAGGGAUCCUAGUUUCAGAGGGUGAAAAAGGCUGCACUUCAAUUUAGAUUCAUGAUGGAAGACUUUAAAGGCUGGCCAUUCGUCUUUAUGUCAGUGUUCAAUAAGUAAGAGGAUUGUUACGAAUCUGCUGGUUAUGUUCAAUUUACUUAAAUAUGGGGAAAAUGUUGAUAUUCAGAACUUUUGGAAUCUAAAAUGUCAAACUAAAUCCUUAAAACACUCAAAAUGUUAAAUAAAGACUGCUGAUACUGAUAGAUUUACUUCUAUGAUGGGAAUCAAGAUAUUAAAAUCACAUCUUACAUACACCAAAGAUCUUUCCUCUUUUAUCCUCCUCAUUCCUUCACACUCUAACUUGUCACGUCUCAGAUAUAAACCUGUUGGAUGAGACACACGCUGAGAGGAGGAUGUCCACAGGGGAACUAUUAAAGCUGUGUUUCCUCCACAUCCAAUGUCUCACUGAUGUUGAACAUGCUUCAUCCUCUGGCUCUGAGUGUCGAGGAAUAAAAGCACAGCUUAACAGGCGAGAUGGUCAACAGUGCUGCUUCUGUUGCUACCUGACAUCUCAGAGCUCCAACAGCCUGCUGUUAGUCAUUAAAAACCCACAGGUUGACUCCACACAGUUCCCUUCAUGCAGAAGCCUGUCCGUAUGUGUGUGUUUCUUUAUUUUUGUGAUGCUGUUUCAGGACCUGAUUUACACUUCAUUAGCAGAAAAUAGGGAGGGGUAUCCCUUAGGACAAUCUUCCCUGUUGGAGUCAUUAUAUUUUACUUAUUAGACAUAAAAAAUGGAGAUGAGCUUUUAUUUGACUUAAUAAAUCCAAACAAUGUUGUCUAUUACUGAAAAAACAAGCACACAGUAAGCUGCAUUUAUGUAGAGAAGGUUGCAGAUUUGAAACGUCUGCCAAAGCCGAAAAUAUUUGAUGCAAGCAGCAAAUCUUCACUUUUAAAAAACAAAAACUAUGUUUGACUUUGUUGUGGGAUUGAUAAAUUUGUUGCUUUCAUUUAUUAUUUGAUGUUUUUUUAACUUCAAAAUGUAACCCCAAGCUCUGUAAAUCAGAACAGGAGGGUUAUUUUUCUCAGAUUGGAGAGUAUGUUUCUGGAUUCAAACAUGCACAUGAUGCACUUUCAUAUGCAUAAGGCAAUUUGCUUUAAUCAUACAUACAAAUACGCGCAGAUGAUAAAGUAGGCAAGGCUAUUUUGCAGGCAUGUCGACCCUUUUAAAGCUGAUGUGGUCAUUGCGAGAACGCCUUUCAUCUCCUCUGGACUCUGGGUCAGGACUAUCAAUAAUUAAAUGACACACUGCUUUAGAGAGUGUGAUCGAUCACACACACGCACACACUAACUCUCACUUUGAUGGUGUGAAGCCUUUUUGAUAUUCUGUUUUUUUCUUCCCUCAUUACAGAUUUUACGGCGAGCGGAUAAAAACGGUGAGUAUUCCCUCACACAAACAAACACCACUCCUGUUUUCUUGUUGGCACUUGAGCCUCUGAAUUCGUGGAACAGAUGCACUUUCUCAAUGAAAAUUCUGAUCAUGACUGUCUGCUAAUACUCUUUCAGUUUCCAUGGAAACAGGAAACUGACCGAGCCCACUGAGGUUCAAUAACAGUGCAAUAAUGAAGAGAAACACCAUAAAUAUGCAGCACCUGGAUGUUUUUGGUCUUUUUUUCACUGGACCUUUCUUAUUUACUUCCAGGAGUUUAGCCGGAAGUUACAGACAAAAAGUUGCUCUUGGUUCGCCUUCACUAUCUCACGCAGUUUUAUCAACAUCAAAAGUUUACAUUACAGUUUUAUAUUGACUCUAUAUCUCACUCCACUUGCUGUAAGGCAGAAAAUCAAAAACUGAGAGAUAUAAAAUACAGUUUGCACCACUCAAAACCCCUGGGUGUUACAGCACAUAAAAACAUUUUUGCUUUUUCUGGACAAAGACAUUUACCUAAUAACUCUUCUGGUCUUGUCUUGUACAUCCAAGGUUGAUUUCUCUUGAUUGAGCCUGGCUUGCUUUAAUAAUAAAAUAGGUCACUUGUUGUUGUUGUUGUUUUUCAGUCAAAAAUGUAAAAAUACUGUUUGCGCAGUAUGCUGUCAGUUGUUUGGUUUAAAACCUUCCUCUUAUUACAGUUUCAGACACCGACAGGUACAAAUUGCUUGCAGACUAAUUUUUUACAUUGCUCAUGAAGAACCUCAUUUUCAGUAUUAGUUUCAUAUUGGAUUCGAAUCUCCUCAUAGUGGCUGUUGUAUUGCAGGUAUUUGUUUAGCCGAGACAGCCUGAUAGACUGUUUAAUUUUCUUGCAUUUUUGUAAAGUCAGAAGAACCAUUAACAUUCAUAACUAAAAAUGUUAUUGUUGCAAUAAACCACAAUGAUCUUUCUUGUAAUUUUUUUAGCGACAUCUUCAAUUUCGCAUGAAUUGGCCCGCUGAAAAACAAAAAAGUCACCCUUUUUGCAUAAACAAGUCAAAGAAUAGAUUUUACUUUUUACUUGAAGUAGGCACUGAGAUUCUCUAAAGUAAAAUGAUACGGUAACUGCUCUCUAUAUAAGCCUACUUCAGCAUUAGCAUGUAAAACAGGGUGAAAAUGUCGUCCCGUGAACAUAAAUAUGUGCAGCAUCUCCAGAACUGACCGUAUAUGGAAAUACUUAGCAAUAUUGUUUGCUUAAAUGUUUAACCUGUCUUUUUUUACGUCAUUAGCAGGCAAAUCUUAAUGUUUCCAAGUAUGAAGACCAGUCUGAAAUCUUCUCAAAGCUUUUAAACAAGUCUGCCUCAGGAAGUCUUUGCCAUUCUGUGUCAUUUACUGUAUUCUUGUGAUGACAAUACGCUUGCAUUGUUCAAUAAGAACAAAUGUAAACUAUAUUAUUUUAACUUUAGGAACAUGCCACAUCUGAAAUUUGACUUAGUCCCUGUCAUCAGGCUGCAAAAAUAGCUCAUAAGAUUCAUUAUUAACUUGGCAUGACAUGCUUUAAUUAUUCAUUAUACGGCCAUCCCACGGUCUUGUCAUGCAGCAAGAUAAGAUGUCAUCUAACAUAACAACUUUGCUGUUUCCCUCAUUAUUUCUUAGCUAACUCUUUAGCCGUGAGUCACUCUGUGCUCAGUUUAUGUGCAUGUGUUUUUCCUUUCUUACAUCCUCUUGCCCACAGCGUCUAUAGUGACAUGACAGUCACAGUGCGCAUCACCUAGAGAGCAGCAGGUCAGCAAAGAACAUUUAAAUUUCAGCCACCUCAUCCCCCACAAGUGGAGGGAGAGCGCUGGAGCCACAGCUGUGUAAAAAAUGCGCUGUGUUCGGUUGGUUAUCUUUGUUUUGCUGCAGGAACUUCAGAUUAGGGACUGCUCCUUUUGAAAUUCUGUUUUGUUUUCACCUCAUGAAUAUUUUCACUCAGCUUGGGUGUUUCUGUUCUUAUCAUAAAAAUAGAGCUUCCAAACAUAAAAAGGACAACUAAAAUAAAUUCUCAAUAAGAAAUACUAUACAAGCUUUUUUUUUUAUUCUCAUGAUAUGACGUCCAAAAAUGUGAAACCAUGCUGAGCUUUGUAAGGACUCGGAUGAUUGGAUUGCAGGAGUUAAAGUUGAGAGAAGAUGUCUUGCACUGAAUUUCAAGCUCAGAGACGAAGUAUUGGGUUCAUUUUUAGGUUUUGUCCAUAAACUGUCCUUAGCUCAAUCUCAGACUGGUGUCUUUGUGAGCCACAAUUGCUGCUACUGUCUCUAUAACCCCUUUUUCAGCUCUCCAAGAGCCAGCCCUCCAGAAGCUUUCUCCACUGUUGCCAUGCAACAAAAGUUACCAUCACGCAUCAACCGGUCUUUCUCAAUUUAGAGUUAUGAGUUCUGAAACAGGGUAUGUCUUGGUUUGGAAAUCUGACCAAAUCUGACGUUUAAAAAUCCGCAGCAGCAAAUGACGGAGCAGUUUCUCUGGGUGUUAUGUGUCCCUCUUGUGUAAUUGUCAUCUGACCUUUUAAACAAGCCUUUCAGAGCUGCCUGUGGCUCCGUCCUGAGACCACAUCUAAACUUCAUACUUGUUGGUACAAUACGAACUACAGCAUAAUAGCACCUCUUUUAGAAGGAUGUAUAAAUGUGUUUACAGAGAUCAAGUGAAGCUAAACUCUCAUUACAUAAUAAAUGUAUGGUCCCAGGAAGAAAUCAAGACCAUGUUGUGCUCUCUACCCAGACUGCUUUUCUGCAAACAGUCAAAUCUCUUACAGUUAUAAACAUAACCCAGAACAUUGCAAACACCAUUAAUUGUGUCCCAUGCUUGCAGACCCUGAAUUCAUGUCAGUUAAGCAGAAUUAUUGCCAUAAAGCAACAGGAGUCAGUUUUUUUUCUUCCCUUUUUACUGGCCACCAAAGCUCUCAGUCCUGACACGAUGUUCACAAGUUGCCUUUUGUUUUCUCUCUCCCCAGAUGAUGGAAAACUGUCUUUUGAUGAAUUCAAAGCCUACUUCUCUGACGGAGUUUUGACAGCCGACGAACUGAAAGAGCUCUUCCACACAAUUGACACUCAUAACACAGAGUGAGUUAAUGAGCUGCUUUUUCUUUUUCCACUAUUUACCCCACACUCGCAAGACUUGAAAUCUUUAGAGCAUCAGCUUCUUUACAGAAUGGGAGCACUACUCUAAUGGCAUACAACAAAAAAACUAUUUGUCUUUUGUUGUACAGUAACAUACUGUAUGUAACAAACUGUAAAAUGGAAUAACUGAUCUACAAAUGCGCCUUUUCUUAGAUUAUGACGUUCUGCAAAAGUGUGCAAUGAAAAAAAAUCUUCUAAUGAAAUCUCAGAGGUUUUAUUUGUUUGCUGUUGAUAUGUGAAAUGAGCAAUAUGCCUAAAUACGUGUAAAAAUCAGUGAAUAUUCAGAAUAAUGGGGCCAUAUGUGAUUGUUUUUUAUUUAUGCAUAUGCUCAGUGUCACACAAGUGAUGACAAGCGGCCUCAGAUGUGAGGAGAGGAGCUCCAGGCAGCGAGGCUGUGUGCUCUCGCUCAGCAGGACACAGGAGACUCCCGUCAACCCUGUCUCUUUGUUCGCCUGUCAGCCUGUCUCACAGUCUUAUGUCACAUACCUACAGAUUAAAGACAGAAUUACCCGUACAGUGUGUAUUCAAUGAAGGAAACCUGCACCUCUGCCAUCCUAUAUAAACCACUACUACGUAGUUCACCUAAUUACCCUGGCAACCACUAACCAGACAACCAUCAUGUGCCACACUGACACAGAGGCAAUUAACCUCCUGAAACCCUCAUUACCAAUCAAUCAGCCACCCUAAACACAGCGCUCGUCAUAACUCGACUUGUGAGCUGUGACGAAAAGGCAGGAGCCAAAAAUAAAUGCAAUCUUAUUACAAAUUAAGAUAAAUAAACAGAUAAACAAUGAUUAAAUAUGAGGUAUGUAGAGGCUAUAAGAUCAGUAGUGUACAUGUGGGUGUGUGAACAUGGUGUAGUGAGGAGUUCACUCUGGCAUAAGGUCUAACAAAGGCAAUGGUGCGACGCUGGUCUGACAUAGGAGAGAAAGAGAGAGACCGAGGCCUCCAGCAGCUGCUUAUAUAUCCACUGUGGAGCGCUGGGCCCAGGUGCUCCACGCCAGAGUUGAUACGGUCAAUCAGCUCUUCAGGCACCUCUGAACAAACACACACAGAUGAGUGUGGCCACCCGAACAACGUAGACGCAGGGGCCAUCACACGUCUUACACACCAAUGCAUUAGAUGAUGGGAUCAACAUCAACAACCCAUUCCCUUUUUUAAUGCUGAAAUGUCUGUGCCACUGUAUCAUAUAAUUAACUACCAUUAUUAUUAUUUUAUAAGCUAAUAUAUGCAUUUUAUUUCCAUGUUCCCAUUGAAUUAUAUUCUCCUGACCCCAUGACUCAUAAAAGGGUAUAAAUGGGCACAGCCAACCAAUUACUUUUAUUUAAUAUGUGUCUCUGCUGGAGUGAGAUCAGCUGCAGUUCUCGGUUAACUCAGUUUUGCAAAUCGAACACCUGUUACUCUAAACAGCCUGCAGGACUCUUUAACAUACUUACAGCCUCUCUCCCUUUAACGAAUCCUCUAAACAGCCACCUGCUGGAAAUUAAACUUUAAUAGAAUCCCAUAAACACACAUAAUUAACAUUUGUUUGUCUGUUGGUUUAUUAAGCAGACAGAGGAGGAGAAGAGAUAGUUUUUAAUGGUUACAGGGAUCAGGUUCAGGAAUCCGAAGCGAGCUGUCAUACUUUCUCAAGGUGUUAGUCGGGCUGAUUUGACAGAGCACAGAGGAGGGAGGUACUUACUUUCAACUUUGCCCGUCUGUCUACCAUGUGGCAGGUUACAUGACUUCUGUGUAUCAUCCGUGCACUUAUAAGGAUGUAAUUGGUUGGGUUUCUUCACUGCACUUGUAAAUACCGUAUGUUUUUGUGAAAUGCUGGUCAGCACAAGGUCAUCUAUCACCAGGGUCAGUAUCCUAUGAAGAUCAAAAAUUUUUAAGGUGAAUAUAUCUGUCUUGAAAAACGUCUUCCACAGUGAGAGUGAUUAAUGAAGAGGAUUAGGAUUGAAAAUAAAACUGUAUAUUUAUGUUUUACACUAAAAUAUUUAUAAUGUUGAUACUUCUAAAAGUUGAAUGUGUUAUUGUGAGUGUUGAUGUUAUUUUGCUUACAGCGCUCAGAGUGACUUUGAGAACUUUCUGAGUUCUUCAAACUAUUUGUCACUCAGUAAUCAUUUUUAACAUUCAAUACAGUCAAGGGAAACUAAAAACUGCAUUUCUGUUUGCUGAAAUUAGCGAUAAAAGCAUUUGAAUUACUUUUAAAGAGGUUGCAUCUGAGUUAUUUAUUCAAUUCAUGACAAAUGAAAUCCAAUCAAAAAACACUUUCUUUCCUUAUUGCUGUAGAAAAAUACAGAUUUUUCAACAUGACAAGUACAAAACAACUGAGGAGGCAAUUUAUUACACAUGCCAGAUGAUAAAAGAAUCACCUUGAAUGAAAGUGUUUUCAGUUCUCAGGAAAGAAAUUUUUUAUUAUUGCAGUGGUUUUUAUUUGUAGUCCAACUAAACUUGAUCAGAAUCAAAUAAACCAGAAGCUGCUUUAACUUAACCUUUUUAAAGGCAAUGGCAUUCCUGGCUAAUGGCUACUUUAAAGAUCAGUCUGUCACAUAACAUCCAUCAAGCAACCUUGAGUUGCAUAACUGACACAGAAGUUUCUCCUGAGGUUCUGGCAAAGCCUAUAAAUACAUGCACUUCCAAAACUCCUAUUCUACAUUUGGAAUAAUCCAUCACUAAUAAUCCAUCAAUAAUCCAUCAAAAUGAGAGUAUGGAGAGUAUUAGCAUUUGGUUGGAGUGAUAAGUCCAAAUGGUAAGAAUGAGCAGUGAAGAGUUAAAAAUACAUUGAAUUCAUGGCAGUCCUGGCGAGAAUGGUAGAAGCUGUAAAGUAAAGUUAAUUUCAUAAUAUUCAUUCAGUACAGGAAGUUGUUUACUCCAAAUAUUGUAAAAUAAAACCAAAUAUAGUAGAAACAACCAGAAAAUUCAUCUUUAUAUUCAUACUAAUGCAACAUGAUAAGCCUGUCUGUCAGUCUGUUGCUCCUCGAUCAAUCAAAGCAGCUUCAAAACAAAAAUAGUGAGCUUGCAAUCCUCUAAUGACCCCUACCAUCAUCACAGAAAUGCAGACCAAUUAUCACUCUGUCACAAUGUCUCACGGUCAUCAUCUUGUGCCAGUUUGGUAGACGUCACCCAACCCUAACCAAUCAGCACUGAAAGGAAGGCUAAACUCCAACACAAAUGUUCUCUUUACUGACCACCAUAUUCCUAAUCAGAGAAUUUACUAGUGUGAGGAUUAUUGCCUGAAAAACACUGUAUCUGUUGCAAUCUAAACUAGUCUAUAUUAUCAGAGCCUCCAAGUUGCCUGAGUCACGAUCAGAGCUUUUCUGGUCUGUUAGUGUCUAACCUCUGUUUUACCUCCUCUGUUCCUGUCUGUCUUCUGUGCCUCUAAGUGUUUUCUCCUGUUUGGGAUGAUUGAUCGCUUCGCCACUUCUCCCCCCUUGUGCCACAGCUGCAGCUCGAGUGAAACUGAGUUUAAAACCAAUGUUUUUCCUCCACCCAUGAAAGGAUGUCUCCUUUUUGUCUCUUAGAGCUACAUGUACAAUGUCUAAUCCUCCACUUUUUCUGACUUCACCUCCAUCCCUUUCUCUUCUUUUUGUUAUUUUAUGUUUCUCCUCUCAGACCCGCUCAUUCACGGACAUUUAUCAGCCAACGUUUCUGAGUAGUUGCCUAUUUAAAGAUUAAUUGUGAAGCUAGUUGGUCUUUAAAGGCUGCCCAGAGACAAAUUGCAACUAAUUUAUUCAUUUUUCCUAACAUUUAUAACUCGCUCUAUUAUUCAUAACUCACUGCUUUGCCAAAUUAUGACCCUAAAAAAAGUCUUUCCCCUUCCUUUACCUGAGGAAACUUUUCAAUUAAUCUCUUUCUUCUUUCUUAUGCAGCAACGUGGACACUGAUGAACUCUGUGGUGAGUAAAUCCCUGUAAAAAUCACAUUUUAAAAUGCCAUCACAGCUCAUUCUUGCUUUAUUCCUUACAGUCAAGAACAAAAAGACUCAAAAAUUAUUUGACAUUUUCUCAUGGAAGUAAAAAACCAUGUUCCACGAGGUCACAUGGUCUGUGAAUAAAUCCCUACAGGCUGUGUUACAGAGGUGUCACACCAAUGCUGCGACAACAAAACACCUACAGCCCUGUCUGAGCAGUUUAACUCACAAAGUGUUUCCUCUUUUUGUCUUCCUGUGGUGAAGAGUAUUUCUCCCAGCACCUUGGUGAAUAUGAAAAUGUUCUCGGAGCCUUAGAAGACCUGAACAUGUCAAUACUGAAGGCCAUGGACAAAACAAAGAAGGUAAGAUGACAUUGAACAGAUUGAGUGCCAGUUACUAUCAGGGCUGCCUCUGCUGUCUCUGUUUCAUACUGAUCCUGAAUGUGUGAAACCAUCAUAAGUAGCAUCGGUAAGGCGUUUAAAUGGUCUCAACAUGCCGAUUUGAUAUACCUGAUUCGACCCCCUGCAGUCAAUUGCCACUCUCUACUAUGUGUUGUUGAUGCCUUUGAUUUCGUUUUAUCCUCAGCGCUAACGUCAGUCUGAUUAGCUGCGACUGUAUUUUAAACUCAGAGUUCUUUGGUGAUAUUUGAAUUUUAUCUGACACAAAGAGUAUGUUUACUUUGAUUUAUCAAGUGGAGUAAAAUGUGUCAAAAGCACACUGUCCUUUUUUCAUUCCCACGAGAGAGCACAGGAGUGGAAAGAUGCCACUUUUGAAAAUGUGAUGUGUACUUACUGCAUUCCCAUAUAUGAAAUAUUUGUACAAAAGUGGUGAAAACAUACAUGUUCAUGUAUGGACAAACUUUAUAUGAAACCAAUUAGACUCUGGAGCAGUUUCAUUAAUGCACAUAUAUGUGUGGUCAAUAAAAAUAUAUAGGUUUCAUAUGUGUUUACUACACGCUAUAUAGUCAAAACAUAUGAAACCAUAAUGAUUUUUUAACAUACCUGCAUAAAUUAGAUACACUUUUUACACAUACAUGAAGAAAACAUAAUGCCAUAAUCAGAUUGAACAUAUAUUGUCAACAUAUUGUAUUGAUCAAGAACUAAGUCAACAUACAUGUAUAAUUUUAAUACAUUCAUUUAUGUAUUUAACAUAUGUAAUUAACAGUUUAUAUCAAAAACAUUUUAUGUCCUAUACAGAUUAUUUCUACAUUUAUUUUUUAAUGAUUGUCAAUAUGAAAAUGUUAUAUGGAUAUUUCAUAUAAAUAUGGUCUAAACCUACAUCUUCAUAUAUAUUCUGGUAAUGGAUAUGUUAGUGUGAUUUUAGUUUUGUUUUUAUCAUUAACAGCCUUAAUAUUUACAUACAGCAUUACUUUUAGAUCCUUGAUUAAUUAGAUUUUUUUAAUUUUUUUUUUUAACAUCAGGCUCUUCCUUUUUAUGUUCAUAUACUUGAGUUAAUAUCUAAAACAGCAAUAUGUCUAAGCUUAUCAGCUAAUAAAUCACACAAAGCCCUAUUACUUUGGCAUAAUUUUAACCAUGUGCAAAAUUUACUAAGAGGGUAAAGCAUAUUUUUAAAUACACUCAAUAAUAAUAAUAAAAAAAAAACACCAAAGUGGUGCUAAAUAAAUUUCCUGUGAAAUCUCCAAAGUGUCUCCAUCACCGUAUUUAUUUUUGUCUUCAUUUUUGGCAAAUUUGCAGAUAAGUUCUGUUGCUUUGGCUUCUUCCUGUUCACAUUCACGCUUGGCAGACAAUGACAACCGAAGUUACUUCUUUAAUUUUGCAAGAGGAAAACAUAAAACACAGGGGAGAGACAAAAACAGGCCAGUCAACAAAACAACAUCCUAGAACAGGAUGACUGGAUGUGUGUUGUUUUGGUUUAAUGUUGGUGUGUGUGUGGGGGGCUGUGUUUGUGUGUUGCACUAAUAUUAAUACUGUUAAUAAAUAUAAUAUAGAGCUUUAAUGAUAAUAAUAUGAUGGAUAAUAACCUUUUAACUUCCCAAGUUCAAAAUUAAUUAUGACAAUGCUGUUUAUUAAGAUCAUUUCAGAACCUAAUUCACGGCCAUUAAAAAAAAUCCUUAAGCAUUAUGUAGAUUUAACCUUAGUGAAUAAUUAGGCUUUGUAGGGGUCUGUGUCCUGAUUUCACAUAGCACUCUAAAAGAAAGAACUGUUGUGUAUAAAGUGGCAGAAAAAAACACGUAAUUUUUGGGGCUGCCUGUAUACUUUUGGCAUCAGAUAAGUCCGAUUAUAAUUGUUUAAGUCCCAGUUACACACUCACUGUACAGACAUAACGAACGUCCCACUGACUCGACAUGCAGUGCGCAUAAUGGUUGUAAUGACAUGUUUGAUUUAACGCACAGUGUGAUUCAAACUUCAUCCUACAAAUCUCUCCCAGCAUGCUCAUCUGCUGCCUAGCUGGCUCUCCGAGAUUCUAUAUUUUUAUUACAGAGCCAGGGACUGUUAAUAACCCAUGACAGAAUAAAAUAGGCAUUAAAUUUUGCUUAAAAAAGUUUAUUUUAGCGAUUUUUGAUGCCUUUCUCACUGAAGAUAAGGGAGGAAAAGAAAAGGAAAUAGGGUGGUGAGAGAAGAGAGACGAACAGACAUCAAUGUGGAAAAAUAAAAGGACAAAAGGGAGGAGGACCCCAAGAUGUGAAUGAGUGACUUCCUUCCUUAACUCUCUUUAUCUGUCUCACAUCCAUCACAACACUUAGAGAGCUUAAUAAAUGAAAUAUACAUUUGAUUGAUGCAUUAUAUGUGUUUGUUAAAAUACUGUCAGUUUAGCAGGUAAUUGAUAUGAAACAGUAAAUCUACAUGCAGCUCUAUCACACUUGAAUUAUGGGUUCAACAGUUUUUCUGUAUUUAGGCUCGAACUGUGUGUGAAGCCCUUCGGUCGUGGCAGCAGAAACAUACUGAGCUGCUAAAGGAGCUGCAGGUCCUUCGCCCUGGAGGACUGACACUCAUGAAAUUUUGGUUUCGAUGGGUUCAUUUUUGCAAAAACAGCUCUCCGAGUGAGGAGAAUAUCUCACUGUAGAGGAGACAGCGCAUCUCUGUUUUUACUUCAGUGAGCGCAGUCCCGUUUUUCUAGAGGCAGCCAUGUUUGUUUGAGUUGUCCUCUUUCUAUGGACUGUAUGUGGUCACUGAGUAUGUAUUUAGUCAGGACUGUCUCUUAUUGAUUGUUUUAUCACAGCUAAAUAUUGAGAUAAUUGGAAUUCUCUGUUACACUCCACAAGGAUUUACGGAUUGAUUGGAUUUGUAACUUCCACAGAUUUACAUAUUUCUGGAACCUGUAAAUUGGGAAUAUUUUAAUUGCAUAACAGUGAAAUACCAGUCUUAUAUCCUUUCUUGUUUUUUUCUCACAUGACAUAUGACACACUGUGAAGCUCAAAUCAUUCGUCACAUCUGCUCUAAAGAAGACGAGACUCAUAUAGGCUCCUUCAGAAAUACAGAUUGAAGGAGACAUGCUAUUCAGGUUCUGUGGGAGUAUUAUAUGAGCACAGACAGAGGUAACCCACGGUAACACCUAAAUUCAGUCAAAUCAAAGACAAAUACUUUGAUUUAGUAAAUGUUUGUAUUUUUAAUAAACUGAAAAUAAGCCUUAGUGAUGAAAGAAAAACAUGAUCAUUCCAACAGAUCUCAUCACACAGUGCAGUAACUCACAUAUUCAUCAAAUUCAGUGUUCAUUUUCACAAAGAAACUCAAGUCCAGAUUUUCCUCCCAAGAACUCAACAUGCACCAAACUGUGCAAGAGCCAAAAUAAUCACACCUCUUGUUUUUUUUAUUCUUUGGAAAUAAUGAAGGAAAAUGGCCGUGUGGGUGUGAACUGUACGGUUCUGUCAUUAACAGGAAGCCAAAUUAUGUCACAGGAGACCUUAAAAAGCUUCAAGUCACUUGUCUUCUAAAAGCAAGCCUCCAAAUUUGUCUGCAGUCAGCCUCACAAAUCAGAUUUUCUCCAUUUACGACACUCACCACAACUUUUUCAUCACCGAUUUCAGAACAAAUGUAUAUUUGAGCUCCAGUAGAAAUGAAUUGAGGAGUUGUUGACAGAGGUAAAAACUGAGAAAUUAAAUAAAAGCCCUGCUGAUGUCUUCGCUGGAGCUUUUUACACUAACUGUUUCUCCUUGACGUCUAAUUCAUCAUUUCCCCCCUCUAAAAGGCGCCCAUAAAUGAUUUCUCUGCGCCUGGAAUGAGUCACAGCACCCGAACAGUGAGAUAUAACAUGAGACCUGCUGCAUUUCUCUGGCUGUUAGUGAGUAUUGGGGAGCGAGGAGAAGAGCAGAUGCCGUGUUAGUCACAGACUAAAGCUCAGUCGUCUCUGCUCAACUGUAUACGUAUCUGAGUGGGUGGUCUCUGGCUGUGGACGUGUUUGAGGGGGCAGGCGACAUGCGUGUGUACGUGCUUUUAGGGAUGUGUUUCUCCGGUGUGUGUAAGCUCACAUAUGCACAUGGUAAUUUGUGUGAACCUUUAAGUGUGUGCAUAUCAAAAUCUACGCAGAAGUGUGUGGGAGCUGGAAAUGAUUUCUAAAUGAAAGUGUGUGAUACAUGUACAUGAGACACGCUUUCAUUAUCCACAGCUAUUUCUGCCAAAGCUAUUUGCAGGCGCCGUGUACACAAUGUCUCUCUGGUCCUUCUACUUUAAACCUUUGCUUGCAGGUCUGACCUGCUGAUGGUCCUUUAUUAAAGAGGAUUUUUCAUUUAUAGAAAUAAAAUGAAUGAUGGCAUCAUUUGCUGGCAGGAAGAGCCGAUGUCUGGACGAGGGAUGGGUGAUAUGGGCUAAAAAAAUAAUCAUGAUAAGAUUUACCAUUCUGGCGAUAACAAUAAACGGCCCGAUAAAAAUAUUAUAAUUCCAGUUUAUGUUUUUGACUCAUUCUGUCUUGAGAACACCAGUUGGAAUAGUCAAAUAAGACACUUAACCACAAGUUUAAGUGGUAGGUUUUAGAGAAAACGACAUCAAACAAGUCUCAAAUGUGUAAACACUUAUCAUUGAUUGAAAACUCUUAUUGCACAGAGUGAACAGCAGCAGCAGAUCAUCUGUCUGAUGUCAGGCAGACCUGAUGCACUCAUCUAAGCCCCAAUCUUGAAGGAAAUCUCUCAUGUGGAGCCUCAGAAACGUCUUCUUCAUUACCUUCGGCCAAAUUUGUUUAGAUAGAUAGAUAGAUAGAUAGAUAGGUAGACAGACAGACAGACAGACAGACAGACAGACAGACAGACAGACAUAAUAAACUUGCCUUUACCGUAUUUAUCAUGGGAUGGCCAAUAUUUAUCAUGGAGGAUUUUUCUGACGAUGUAUCGUGAACGAUGAUUUAUCGCCCAUCCCCACGCUGGACUAGUCUUGUGAGAAAUCAGGGUUUGUUGUAUGGAGAUAUUAAACGAACUAAAUGACAAACAUUUAGCCACACAAUGUGCCGUGGAGUAGGUGUGAGAUAAGUAUUUAAUUAAUUAAAGCUCCUGUGAAGAGUGUUUGAUUGGGAAUGAAAAAGACUGAAAUAAACAAUGCUUUUUUUAUGAUGUACAAAAGCAAAUGAGGCAUUUAAGAACAAUGCUGCCAAUUUUUAUAUUAGUUUUCAAUGAUUGUAAUGAAGGGGUAGGCACACUGAAGAAAAAGCGUGUUAUAGUCUCCAGGGAGAGAUAAAUUUCACUGUAAAAGGACAACAGGAGAAGAGUGUUUGUCUUGUAACACCUCUGUCAGAAUGACAAUAAGUGGUGAUAUAAGGGUUACCAAAGGGCGGCAAAAAUCAAAACAAACAGAAAGUUCCUCAGAGGAGCUUCAAGAAAAACAGAUCAGAAUAUUAUUUAAAGUAUCCUUUUCUACCUUUUUACAUUUCCCACAGCAAAUAUUCCCCAUAAGUGAUUUAUUUCACUGUUAACAGACUGCAGGAAGAGAUCAGCAAAGAUUAUUCAUUCGAAGGCGUUUGUAUCACCCGAUAACAACGCUUGUCUCAUUGCAUGUUUGCAUUGAAUUUACAUGUAAUUGACUCACACAAAUGGAAUAUAGAAACUGAGUUGUAUAUCUGUAGGCCACUAUUAUCUGACUUGUUUUGAGAUGCUCAGCUCAUUUCCGAACCUAUUUAAAGAGAUGAGGAAGCACACAGAGACCAGAUUUCUUUUCAGCAGAGUACAGCCAGCAGAUGGCUAAUAGAUAUUUGCUAGAUUUGAAAAAACGUGCUGAAUUAUAUUCACUUUUCUUCCAUUAAGGUGUAGCCUAAUAUAGCAAAAAGGGAUUUUCAAACAAGACUGAAAUUUUAAAGACAUCAGAUUAGAAUUAAUGAAGAGUUGUAAAAAUCCAGUCUCAUUUCUGAAACUGUGGCUGGAGGCGGUCAGUUAAAAAGUAUUUCAAUUUUUAAACACAUUAUUUUGGACAUUAUUUGAUCAUAAUUUGCAAUAAAGAUAUUAAAAAUAUAAAGUAAAAGCCUAGAGGAAGUUAUGAUUGGGGUGUCACGGGGGGGUGAAUGACCUUCUUGUCAUGACUCACUCUGUCCAAGUAAAUAUGCACUCGCUUGAAUACAUGAUACUUACUGUAAUAUUGCCAAUUUAAACCGAGUUCAGGUCUCAUUUCAAAGACAUGCUGUUCAAUCUUUUGUCAAAUAUUCAGUUAGAGAGGACAAAGGGGAAAAGCUUCUGACUAAUGAUCUGCUCUGAAUGCUGGAGGAGAGGUUAGUUUUCACAAAGACAGACUGCUGCUCAAUAUCUGCCCAGAAUAAAUGCAUGUGUGUGAGUGUGUGUGUGUGCAUGUGUGUGUUUCUUCUCAUUCAUAGUCAAAUGCUGGUUUCAAACUAAAUGCGUCUUUAUGGCACUUUUGACCAAAAAUAAUUGCCCCCCUGUGGUCACACCUACCUUUCCUCUUGCUGACACACACGUACAGGUACACUCAUGUUCAUGCAUUCAUCACCCUCCAAUCUGACUCACAUUCGUAUUUCCCCUUGGACCCUCAUUGUUAGUCAAAUGUACAAACAGUCCGUGGGAGCAGGUGCAGUGUGCAAACAGCAGACCCUGUUGUGCCGAGCAUCAUUCACUCCCCUCUGAUGAGAUCCAGAAUAACAACACUCAGCCCUCCUGCUCUGGUCUGCACAAGCACAGAAAAUGAUGCCACUCCGACAAGUCAUUUAGUUUGAUUUAUUUCACAUCAGCCUUUCCAACUAACACAACAACCUGCAGGAAAUAAAUGCUGCCUUGAGUCACAUAGUGACAAAUUGUGGAGCUGUAGAAGUGCGCUUAUUAGCUGGGAUUUUGAUUAUUUCACAUUUUUCAUGUGCUGUAAAAUACUACUUUGGUAAGGACUUUCUUAUUUUGUCAGCUUAUACAACCCAACCAACCUGCAGAUACCUGUUGCAUGGACUUAUAAAUAUUUGCUUUUCAAGUAUCACAUAUCCGACGAGUCUGUGUAUCAUGAAUAAGAGAAAAAUUAGGAAAAAAGAGAAGAAAAAUAAUCUAUGAUGAAUACUUUUUUUCUCACUCCCCUCUCCAAUUUCAUAUAUUUGUUAUUAAAUUGUUCUAUUGUAUCCCAACCUCUUUAAAAAAUACCAUAAACACGGCACCUGUCUGAUGAUGAACGAAAUAGUUAAGCAACCAAAAAUAAUGUUAUUUGAGAAGAGAUCUUUGCAGGAGAAGCUGAGAGUUGAGGAGCUUGGCCAGAUCAACUGGACACCAAAAUGAGCAGCGUAAUGACAGAGGGAGAAAUGACUCUGGAUCAUUCAAAGAGCUGGUUCAUUAAGAAGGCUUGGCUUUAGCAUGUCAUCAUGAAAGUGUUGUGUUAUGUUCCACCUGCCUAUUUUUUAAAUACCAGGGUCAGGAUCAUGGAUUCAGUAAAUGUAAAACACUCCUCAAAAAAUGUUUUAGAAAAAAAGAAAAGAAAUGGUUCCCCAAAGAAAAGUGCUGUGUUCAUUCCAGCGUAACAAAUUCAGGUUAUUGCAUUUUAUUUUGAUUAAUUUAGUGCGCUGGUAUUACUGCUGUUGUUACUUUCAUCUUAAACUGAAUAUUUAUGUUUUGGAUUUUUUUUUUCAUCACAUUGCAUUUCUUACUUAUUUAGGUGGAGAGUUCAAACACCAGAUUUUUCAUGUUCAUGCCCCCAACCUUUCUGUCUCCUCCUCUGCAGCCAUCUUAUAUAAUCUUUUUUUCUGAACCAAUGAUCUUGUCGGCAUCUUCUAAUUAGCGCUGUACAUCUGGACACUAAGUGACUGUUGACUGGCAUGUGAAACUUGUCACCACUUAAUUUUUCUUUAACGCCCUCUCCCUUUUCUUUCCUCCUACGCUAUCCCUUCCGCCCACCUCCUCCCUUCUUCUCCUCUCCUUCCUAAUUGACAGGAUUAUCAGGAGUCCACCCACCUGGAGCAGUUUGUGACCCGUUUCCUGCUGAAGGAGACAACCAAUCAGCUACAUUCGCUUCAAAGCUCGCUAGAGUGUGCCAUGGAAACCACUGCAGAACAGACCCGACAGGAGAAGUAAGGACAAAAUUUUGCACGUACACACACAUACACAAACAGAGAGAGAGAGUAUAAAAAAAGAGAGAGAAUUAGUCAUUAAAACACGGACAAAUUGUUUUGUACUAAAGAACACAUAGUCACAGUUCUCACAGCUAGUCUCACAAUGUUCAAACUACAAACCAAUUUACAUAUUUAUAUCCUCCACAUGAGACUCAAAGGAGACCUGAUCUGUAUUUUAAUACAUGGUUGUAAUGUUGCGAUGUGGGCUGUUCAUACUAAACUCUGGCAAAGUUUUAAAACAUCAGAUACAUGGGUGUUGCUGUGAUCCCUCAAUAAGACUUAGCCUGACGUCAGACUCUGCUGUUCGAUUAAGUCAAUAUUGAAGUAAAUGCUCCUGGGUGGAUUUUUCCUCCGAUUUGCAUUUUGUUGAUUAAAGAGCUCUUUAAAUUCACUGAUAGUUCCUCUUCCAAAAGACUUCCAGAAAACUGGGAAAUUUUUGAUGAUUUCAAAAAAAUCGAUUUAUUGCAUUAGUCCACCUGAAGUUGGAUUUUAAAAUGAAUGUAAACAUAUUAGUCCAACUGUUCUCACUCCAAAUCAAACCUCUCUUAUAUGGACUAACAUACCUAGAUAAUCCGAUUGAAGAUCAAUUUUUGUUUUCUAUAUAAAGGACUCGAUCAGACCGAUACUUGCCUAAACGUUCUGUGCAUACCAAAUUGAUGUAAAAGAAACUCAUUCAUUUAGAAUAUCUAAAUGAAUCCCAAAAUGAGCAGAGUGGGCGGUUGAUUAUGGAGUCUAAAAUUCUUGCUGUAAGGGGAUGAAUGUGUGCGUGCAUUAACAAGGGGGGAUUGUGCAGUGUUUGAUUAUUCAGGGUUUGCAUUCAGAUUUAGGCAUGCCCCUGGUGCUCUCCAUUCAUUAGUGCUGGAGAUGACUCACCAGGGUGAAAGAAGUUCAUGCAAUUUCAUAUCCACUGUUUGUUUGUGUGUCUGUGUGCACACGUGUGUGUAUGAAAUCAGAACAAAAGUGGGUCUAUCCCUGAAGGUAAAGUGUAUUUAAAGACAGGUGGUGACUCAUGUUUUUUUUUAUUUUUUAUGUCUGAAUCAAAAUCUGAGCUGCAGCUUCCAAAGCAGAGCGUGGAUUUCCAACAAGAACACAAACAACACUUUGAUUUCUUAUUAUGGUCUUUUACAAGGAGGCUUUUUAUCAGGUGAAUGCAGAACAGUUUCUGUGUGAGUUCUGAUGAGAGGAACACUGAGGCACGAUAGGAUAAAAGACUACAAAGCCAAUUAAAGGUACAAUAUGAAGUAUGUACAACAUUUAACAGAGCAAACUAAAUAUAAAUGGAUUAUAAUCUUUAGAAGUAGUACGUGUAACGUUUGUUGUGAGCAUGUUAUGCAGACUAUGUGAAAACAGAGCAGUCUCCUUAGCUACUCUACUGACACUUUUUGAGCAGUUUACAUCUAUAUACUAGGAUUAUGAAAACAUUGUUACGUUUCAGGGUUAAACAAAAAGGGGAAGGACCCAAGUGCAGAACCAAAAUGAUUUUUUCAAAAUGAACUAAAAGAACAAAAACUUACUUUCCAAAUGUCCAACUCAAAAAUCCCCCCAAAAAACACAAGAGGCAAAAUCCAACUGAACCAAAAAUCCAAAAUUCACAAAGACACUGGAGACCCACAGAGGCAUCGACAUACACAUUCACAGUGAACCAGUGAAGAAACAGGGGAAGACAAGGAUUAUACAGGGAAACGAGCAACGAGAGGCAGGUGAGACACUGAGACACAGGUGCAGACAAUCACAGAGGAGGGAAAACUGAGGAAGUAAAACAAGACUAGAAACACAGGGAAUGAACUACUUCAAAAUAAAACAGGAAACACUGAUAUAAGGAAUAAAACACUGAGAACAUGAGAGAACCUGGGUCAAACACAAAACUCACAAGACAAGACUACAGGGGAACAGGAACAAUAGGAAACAGAAACACUAAGAAGCACACAGAGAAUAAACUCAGAUAACCAAAACCAGAGGAAACUAAAUACCCGAACAUAUAUCAUGACAAACAUACUGCACUGCACUGCCAGCGACAUAUCAAACCAGCUGAUAUAGACGUAUGGCUGUAAUUAGCCUGACAGGAAUCAGGUCAGACGGAAAUCUCUGCGGGAGACCAGGCCUAUCCACUAAAGCAGAUCAAACAAGCCUGCUGAUCUUAGUCUGUACUAUGAAAAAAUGAUUCUAGAAAACAUUAAAUCACUAUAGUGUGAUGGUCAACAAGGGCAUACGUGCUUUGAAAGGGCCCACUUGGAAAACACUCUGCACCUUAAGAAUUAAGUACAGUUCAACUUGCUGAAAAUAUGAUGCUGAAGAAAUCCAAACCAAACAAACUAACAGCUCAUGUUCUGAAAAUACUCAAAUAAAGAAGAUAUAGAAACACCCAAACCCAAGAACAAAUACAGUCGAGAAAAGCUGCACAUCCAGCCAUCACAACAAAAAUGUCCAGUCCUCUGGAGGGAGAACUAAGUGGAGCAGCAGCUUGUCUUUAACCCAGGAGAGAGAGAGAAAGAGCAGGCUCUGCUUUUAAUGUGUUUGCUGUUUGUCAUACUAAAGGAUGAUGGAUUUCACUGCAGCAUGCGAUAACAUUCACUACCCACUAUCUCCAAAAAUCAAACUUUCAAAAUUUUCAUGGAUUUCAUUAAAACUAACUAAUAUUUUCUAAUUCUCUCUCCCUGAUAGACUGAUAGCUUUGCUUCGUUAACGCUGCUGGGAAGCGCUCGUUCAAUAAGCUGCCCACUAAGAUUGACUCUGCUUGGUCUGGGGGCUCAGAGCAUCAGCCUGGUCUGUAUUCACAGCUCCGUCUAAGACAGGAGCUCUGGAGCACUGGGAGGUUGAGGUUGUCAGGUCCAGAGCAGUGGCUGGAUGCUGGAGGAGUGUGACAACUGGGAAUAAUGGUAAACUUACAAUUCUCAGAAAUGUUGCAGUGACUUGGACCUGAACUCUGACAGAGGGGGAUAAAGAAAGAGUGUUUUCAGUAUGUUCUAGCACAAUUCUCUUAUUAAACACACUUUUUUAGCGUGGAUGCUGAUCAACAACUUACAUGUGUAUUACAUUAAUCCUGGGUUCCUUUUUGUACGUACGUUAAAUGACUUCCGAAGGAUGUGGGAAGUUGUCAAGUGUUACUUUUGACCCUGUCAGGUAUAGACGGACGUCUAUGAUGACAAGGUGUUGGCAUCUUUCAGGUGAAUCAUUAUAAAUAGUUUUCCCCAGACAGCUGGUUGGUAAGGUCUGUCCUUGUCAUGAGUGUUUUAGAGUUUGGUGGGAGUUUUUGUGCUCCUUUUUUAUGCAUCACAAGCUUGUUUAAACUCAUUCUCAACGAAUGAAAUGAUGGGGUUGGAUAAUUGGCAUCAUCUGCUCAUCCUCUUCCAUAUUAUCUCUCUCCUCUCCUCUGUUCUGUUUAUUUUUCCUCUUUUUUACCCCUCUCAUGUCAUUUUUAAAGUGUGACCAUCCCUCGCUCCCAGAGCAGCUUCUUGUCCUUCAUCUUCUCAGAAUUGCAGCACUCGAAAAAUCCCCCUGUGCAUCUGAAUGGAAUCACUCUGCCCUAAGAAACAUCUAGAGGAUGGGGCUGUUUCUCUAGUGGCUCUAAAUAGGUUUCUGUGGUCAGCUUAACAUGUGUGAAAAGGACAAAGGGGAGCCCGUAGAAGAUACACAGUGUGAAUAUAGUGUUAUAAUCUGGUUGUGUUAAUGUUAGUUUUUUAAACAGUACUGCUGUUGUCUCUUUGGUUAUUUGUUGUCAUUUGGUAGAUAGAUAAAUGCAGCUUUUAGACGAGAGUGGUGAUGGACUAAAAUAUUCUUUAUCCUCUCCUUCUAGUUCUGGUCUCAAAGUUUUUUUCUUCUCUCUCUCUCUUUCUCUCUCUCUCUCUGUCUCUCUCUCUCUCACUCAGUUGGUAUCAAGGCUUGGGGAGAAACACGAUAAUGCGAAGGCUGCUGGUCUUUUUCGUGUGACCGUUUUAGACAGCUUUAGCAAUUAAAUUUGAUUUGUAGCCUUGAAUAGGGUAUGACUCAGUGGCAGAACAGGGGGGACCUGCCACCAGCUGCUCCAAUAUACAUCAAAAUUAUGUGCACAUUUGGCUGUAGCUGAAGAGGACUUAAUUGCACUGCUUUUCUUGGGGAUGUAGAAAGGAGCUCAAUCCUCAUACACCGGGGAGCAAUUACAGCCCUUACGAUAAAAGAGGAAAUUUAAGCUAAAUUAUUUAGAAACAGUAACGCAUUUUUUACAUUCAAAUGGCAGAGAGGUGACUCUUUUCGAGGUAUGCUAUACACUGCUUUUAUGAAAGCAGAGUGCUGUAUGCAGAAACAGGUUGCCAUAUCUUUAGAAACACAUCUUCGAGAGCACCAAAACAGAAUUUCCAGCUUACAGCCUGUUAGCAUAAGAACAGCUAUCCUCAAAGACAAAGUCUGAGUUACAAAUAUUUUUAUAAACAUAUUAAAACUAAAUCAUUUUAGGUGUUUUAAGUGGGUUUUGGUGAGGCUGGAGUAUGGAUUUCCUAGCCAUCUGACUGUGAGGCCGUUUCAUACUGAGUUAGGGCCUGUGUCCACUGACAGCAUCGCUUCAGCACCCUGGACCCCCUCGGCACUUAAAGUCCAGAGGUCACGGGAGUAUUUGCUUUUAUCAGAGAAAAUGUUCAUUCAAAAAGAAUGGAAAGGACUUGGUAAAAGUGGCAGAUCAGAUGUGUGUGCCUUUGUUAUGAAUGCAGUUGAUGUAGGAAGUCCCGCCCCUUGUUGAUUUUGAUUGGCAGACUAAGCUAAGUGACGCUAAUGUGUUUGUAAACCUUUUGAAUGCCAUGCAAAUAUUUCCCAAUACAUAAAUAUUCCACAAGAAUCGCAACUGAAAUAUGAAAUAUUAAGGUUUGUGUGAUAAGCCUGUAACUGUGUAAAUAUCUGCAGGGGGUUACCUCUUUGCCUCAUGCAACAUUUACACCCAUGUAUAGAGGAAUGCGUGCCAUUACCUGCACACAUACACAUCCCCACAGACACCCUGAGGUCUCCUCAAAAUAUGGGACCAAACAAGUUGACAGCACUGAGAUAAAUCUUAGGUGAUGUCACCCUGCAGCUGCAUGUACCUUGUCACUGGCAUUAUCGUCACUGUCAGACCGAUACCGAAUACGAACGUAAAAGAAGCUCAGACAGCAUCGUGCCUGCAGAGUUUGUUCAAAGAAGAGACAUCUAUACGUGAAACUGCAUGCCUCAGUCACCUGGUGCCAUCCAGAUUUAGUCAAAAUAGAGGAAAUUUGGGCAUAAACAGCAGGAAGCAUUGCCAGUUCUUGGACAUUUUAUUUGCGUCCUGCUGUUCCUUGGUACUCUCUGAAAGCAAACAUGACUUGUACUUCGCUUCCUUUUUAUGUAGUCUAUCAAUUUAGAAACAUCUAUAUUUUAUUCUUCAGUGUAAGCAGAGACUGAAUCAAUCUUAUUUUGUGUUACCGAUCUGAUUUUUGUGCAUGCAGUGCACCGCAGAAACCACCGAACAAAAGGUCAAGGCUUUUAACUGUAAUGUCAUGUGUCCUGCUGGAGAGCAGUCGCAACAACUUUCAGAGAGAGAGAAUACUAACAUACUGUGACUCCUGAAUAAUUAUCCUCUCGUUUUGACUUCAGACAGGGCCCGCUGAAGCCAGAAGUUUUGUCCAUUCAGUGGUCCGGUCGUCGGUCUAAUCGGCGGCUUCAGAGGAACAGCAGCCUCUCGCCAAACAAUCCACUCCUCAGUCUCAUCAAUUCAGGUUGGUUAUUUCCCCGUGAAGAAUGAAAGAGGGAAACAGAGAGAGAUUGAAGAAGGUAGCAGGUACUGGUGUUGCUGGCUUGUAAUUUGACACAGACUCCACAUGUUUAGAUGCUUGGGCAACAGGGUUUUACAAAAUAAGCAAUGGUGUCAUCUGCAUAAGGUUGAGCUUAGGUAUCGAACAUUAAGAACUUUCUACUGCACAUCUCAGUUUUCAUGUGCUGUUUCAUGUUUGUUUGUUAGUUUGUUUGUCUUAUAUGUAGUCACUCACACAUGUUGUGACGAUAGUAAUUCAGGAACAGUCUCCCUUGCUACACAGCCUCACUUUUACCCAAAUGAACCCCAGAUAUUCAGAUUGUGAGUGUGUCCAUAAAAGAUAAUAACCAACCCUGAAUUAUGUGUGUGUGAAAGGCAGCGCUUGCAAAUAUCAGGGCAUAAAUGUCUGGAAAUAAUUGAGAAAAUGUCAGAAGUUCAGGUGUAAAAGGGGCUUCAGAAAGGUGAAAGUAGGAGGCCUAUUUUAAAUUAAAACCUAAGAGCUGCAGUAUAAUAACACCUGCUGGAAAUGAGCAACAAAGCCUGAUCUAACACAAAACAAAGUGGAACAAGCUGCAGUGUUCGCAUAAAAACACUCAGUUGUUGGUAACUUGUUGUAGUUUUUGUAGACACCACUGUUAACUUUUAACUUUUGUUUGUUUUCUAGCUUUGUUGUUCUCUGUUUGGACUAUUGUUUGGACGGUUUUCUAUCAGACCUUCAUUAUCACACCAGUCGUGGUUGCUAGGAGAUAUGAACCUCUAUAAAGUUCAAUUGUAGGUCUCAAAGCUUUUCUAUUGAUUGGUUUGUUUUACAUGAAAGGAAAUGUUAAAAUGCCUUUCGGGACAUUGCCACAAUUUCCAAGUAUUCAGCUCCAAAAAAAAUCAAUGAAGGAAAGAGUGUUUAAAAUGCAGUCGAUGUGAUCCAGCACCUUUCAUCCCCUUACCUUUGUUGUUUACUCCUUUUGUCUGAAAUCUAUCCCCUCCCACAGGUGUGUAUGAUGAAGACAGCCAGUGGAUGGUCCAGGUUAACAGGCUGCAGAAGCUGAUUGACCGUCUUGAGCAAAGGGUGACUUCUUUUCUUACAACUUCUUCCCAUCUGUCUUUCUCCUUUUUUCUCUCCUCUGAUAUUUUUAUUUUCCUCUUUUACCGUACGAGCCAUCUGGUCAUUACAUCGCUCAUGUUGUACAGAGAUCAUGCCAAGAAAACUCAAACAUUGUCAACAAAUAAGCUAAACCCUACAACACCCGCCCACGUACAAACGCAUAGACAUAUGUACAGCAUAAGCAAACUCUCAGGGAGGAUAUCUGCUUGUGUUGAAUAAAGACCAAUAUUUGUUUAAACAUAUGCAGUCUAAGUUCAACUCCAGACUGCAAAGUGAACAGGUGACUCUAUGAUCACAAUCUGAACAGAGUUAAAGGUACAGUGUGUAGUAUUUAAAUGAAUUUAGCAGAGCAGACAUUGUAGGAAUAAAAUGUAAUAGUCUUGGAAACAGAUGAAUUAGUAUAAGCCUUAUGUGAUUUUUGUAUUUAGCGAGCAGCACCAUUUGGAUGAUGAUAAAGAAGAAGAAGAGUGUGGUUAUAGUUGUGUGAAAAAUAAUUUGUAUUGAUAGACACUUUGACUGUAAAACUGAGAAACAAAGGACUGUACUUAUCAUGUAUUGAAGGAGCUUUCUGUCUUUGGACAGUAGAGAAUCUUGGAGAGGAUCAAACAUGAAUCACAUGAAAUGAUUGACAAAGAGAUUUAAAAAAAGUAUUUCUUUUAAUCCUUUUGUGGUUAAUUGUAAUUAACUCUCUGAUUUUGCUUCCUCGUUAUUCUUUUUUAGUACCCAGGUUUCUACAGUGUUUAAAUGAGGUUGCAUUCUUAAGAAGUUUGUGAUUUGUAUGAGCAGAUGGUUUCCAUUCAUGGGUGAGAUUUUUUGGUGUCAUUUUUGUUGCUCCUGUUUUUCAGGAGGUUCGUCUGGAGCCGGUUGAAGAGGAGGUCUUGGAGAGCAAAUCGGUUAGUUUCUGUGGACUUUCUGUUCUUAUUUACCGCUGUGAUCCCACUGUGUCGGCUUGCUCUCUCACAGUAGAGUAUUGCUCAAAGUGAGGCCAUGAUGAUAAUAACUAUGGUUGCAUAGCAACAGCAAGGAGGACACUUAACAGAGUCCUAUUCCCCCCUGUCUUUGCUCUGUCGGUCUUCAUCGAGAACGUUUCUCAUCAAAACUCAGUAUUGAGUUUGUUGGAGAAGACUCACAGGCAAUAAAGGGGGUAGAGAUAAAGGACUGAGUGAGGUACAGAGUCUAUUAAAGUAUGUCAGAGAUUAUCUGCCACUAAUCUCUGAUGGUUUGAUCUGCAAUCAUACUCCAGAUGAAUAUAAAGAGUCAUCAGCAUAACCUUUCACACAUAUAGUUUGCAGGUGUGUGUAUUCACAUUAUCAGCCAUGCAUGUGAGCCCACUGAGCAAAGGCAGACUGUUAUUUCUGCCAACCCCAGGAUUCAUUUCACUCAUUUCAUGGCUGAGAACUUUCUCUAAAGCCGACAGCUGACUCACUAACCAUCUCUGCAGACUGACAAAAACACUCACAGAGGGAUCUCUCUUGCAUCACACUGGGGAGGAAGAAUAUUUUUACUUAAAGGCGGUUUCUUUCUUUCUAAGAGAAAGUUAAUUAUCUGGGUUUUUUUUCUCCCAGAUUUGAUUCUGACACAUGCGUUAAUUAUUAUUAAUCACAGAUAUCUUAUUAGCUUUGUUUGCUUGAGAAGAAAAACUUCAGCUUUCCCAUAAAAAAAACUCAUUAUGUAUUAAUUAACUGAGCAUGAAAAUAAUUAUUCAUCUGAAAAUGUCUUGAUUUGAUUACAUGCUUGUUCGUCGCAAUACUUUGGGUCUGAGACAGCUUACACUUGGGCAUACUUUUCCUUGAAACGAAUGAGUUCUACGAUGAUAUGAAACAAAGAAAAACAACCAUUAAGUCAUAAACUUUGUGUGCUGGGAGUUCCAGUGAUACAAUUUGGGAAUCAGAAGUAUCAUGGCACAGUGGCACAAAUGAAACCAUGCAUAUUAAUAUUACAUGCGCUGUCAGAUCACGUAACUAGCGCAAUGUUGACAUCUCUGCUCAAGUGUGAAUAAAUCAAUACCUAAUUGGUGUGUGUCACUGAGAAUGAAUGUUCAGCCAAGAGAGAACCAGUAAUGAUCCGCUACACAUGGCUGAUGUGCGACUGUGUCUGUGUGUGUGUGCGUGUGUGUGUGUGUAGAAAAGAAAGAUUUUUCUCUUAAAUAAGCAGCCAAGAAAAAGUCCAACUGCAUUUCAUUGCUCUCUUUCUCGCACACACACAUAUACACACCCUACGACAACAGGCAGACCAUUCACUUUCUGUUCCCAUCAGCCUCGUUGACUCCCCCAUCCAAUCCUAAUCUGACCUUGACAGCAUCCUUUCAAUCGUCAUGGUUACGCCGUGUUCUCUUCUUUCAUGUUCUGUGAUCUUGAUCCAUUAACACACAAUUUGCAAAUGUUUCAGCGUGCAAGAAUCACAUCUUAGGAUCAUUUUGAAGAAUCAUCUGUUAAAUCUCCGGAAAUUUGACUUGAAACGGUAAAAAUGCAGAGAAGAUAAGACUGGAACCAGAAUCAGAAUUUCAUUUUAAAGAAACAAUAAAAAGUUGAAAGCAUCCCCGCAAAGAACCCAAACAAAACUAAGAUGAAAAAAGUUGAUUAAAAAAUAAAGUAAACAGUGUAAUGUAAUGUAAAAAAUGUGUGGUGUGGUUUAAUUGUAAAUAGCUGUAGAGUCAUGCAUAAAGAGAGUGAGCAGACAGAAUUUAAGUCGGAGUCUUUUUCUGCAAACCACAAAAUUAUACAUAAAAGACUGCUGAGACACUUUGUUCAAAAACAGCUUAUGUCUUUUCUCAGUAGUCAGACUAUUAUCACUCACAGAGGGUGUGAACAACCGCACAGCUGCCGUGUGAACACUUUUAUGUUUGGUUUGCAGAAUUCAUCACAUAAUUUUUGCAAAUAAAUACCGAAAUAUACCCAGGUGCAAUGCAAACCCAAUCUGAGAACAGAUUUUGGGAUCUUGAAUAGAACUAUUUUUAAUUUAGUCUUUGUGCAACAGACACGUACAUGGGCCUGAGACACAGAUGUUGAAGGUUAGUCAGGAUUUGACUGGGUUUUCUCUGCCUUUGUUAAAAUUAACUCAAGAACUCAAAGGUCCAGUUCGUAGAAACAGCAACUUUUAGCUGUAACUACCAAACACAUGAAAUGAUGAUAGCCUUCAAGGACACAAAGCCAAUAUGAUGCCACAUAUGCAUGAUCACCCAUUUGUCAAGUUUUACCAUCAAACCUUGUAACUGAUGCAUUUCACAUGGCCACUGACUGAAUCCAAAAACAUGUUUGGUACCAAUUUAUCCUUUCUGUGCUAAUAUAGAAACACUGUAGUGCAAGGGGGAUCAAUUCCUGUGUAGAUAUAAAAGCCUCAUUCAGAAUACACAAAACAAAACUAUAUUUAUAUUCACUUUAGCUCAUUUGUACCAAGUCUAUUCUGUUUAAUAAAGCUAAAUACUGCGCACUGCACCUUUAAGGGGAUGUUUUUACUCUGUUGCACACUUGGUUGGAUGCCGGUUUGCAGAGGCAUCAAACUGCUUCACUAAAUUGUAUAAAAAAGGACUUAACUGCAAGUCAUUUUCAUGCUCCGUGAUCAUAAAGUGAUCCCUUGAAGGCAAAUAGAAAGAAUCUGACAGAACAAUGAAUCAUUAUCUUUACUAAUCUAACGAUAAAAGCAGCACUUUACAUUUUACAGUUCAACAAUGCUCACCAGUAAUUUAACACAAUGAGCUUCAGUGAAACCCUGACAGAAGAUUUUGAAGGUCUCCCAGGAAAUAAUCCUGUCUUUGACUUUGCGUGUCUUUGCAGCUUCUUGUGUGUAUAUAUGCAGUAUAUUCAUGUGUGCGCGCAUUUAUGUGUGUGUGAUUUUUGUCUUCGCAGCACAUCCUGAUUGUCCAGAGGCAGCUCUGUGUGCUGGAGGAGGAGCUGGAGGAGUUUCGUUUGGCUCUCAGACAGUACAUGGAGUGUUCCUGCGCCCAGACUGGAUGUCUACAGUCAGUUUAUAUUCUCUUUGCUUGUUUUGGUAUCGGGGGUUCACUAAAGAACAUUUCAUAUUUUUUGGUAUUUCUGCGAAAGGUUUUAAAAGUUUAUGAAAAUAAUGAGAAAUGAAUCACUAAAGGAGAAGUAAAAAAAACAGUCAAAUGAUAGAAAUGAGUUUUAAGAAGAGAUUUAAAAGAGGACCCUGAGUUUUCUCGUCUGACAUCCACAAGCAGAGAGUUCCACAGCUGAGGAGCAUAAACUGUGACCAGCAAAGAUUCAAGAGCUCUGAAAAGAGCCCCUAUAGAUGACCUCAGGCUGAGGUUCAUAGGGACUCAGCUGCUAACAUAUAUUGAGUAGGAGCCUGAACACUAAAGGCUUUAAAAACAGGCAGAGAAAUCUUAAAACCAAUUCUGAAAACUUACAGGGAGCCACUGAAGGGCAGCCAGGACUGGUGUUAUGUGUUUUUUCCUCUCUUGCUGCGUGAUAAAAGUCUGGCAGCUGCAGUUUGAAUUGAUUGUAGAAUUUUAAUGCUGUGCUUCUGGUUCCAGAAAAAAAGUGCAUUACAGACUAAAAGAAAUAAAUGCAUGGAUAACUUUUCUAGGGUGUGCGAAAAAGACAGAUUUUUGUCAACUGUCUCAGUCAAAGGAAAGGUCAGAGGUAAAACUGACUCCUUGGUUGAGGACAAAUUAUGGAUGUUGCUUGAACUGGGAGUAAUGACAGUAACUCCAGAUUUAGAGUCAUUCACAGGUAGAAUAUUUUCAGACCUCCUAUUUUUUAUCUCAGUCAGACAGAAAAUAAUGAGAGCAACAUCAGUGGUGCCUGGUUUUAAUGAGGGAUAGAGCUGAGUGUCAUCUGCAUACCAGUGAAAGUCGAUGACAUGCCUAUGAAGGAUUUUCCCCAGAGGAAGCUUGUUCUUAGUGAAAAAGAGGAGGCCUAAGAUAGACCUCCGUGGAGGAGCUCAGAGGAGCUCAAGAGAAGGAAGCAUUUUCAAGCUCUACAGAAAAAGACCUGUGUGACAUGAAAGAACCAACUCUUAUUCCACCAGAGAAUUUUAUUUACACUCCCUAUAGGAUCUUUUUUUCUAAAGGAGGAGCGUCUUCUUUGUUGCUUUUAAAAGAAAUCUGAAUGAGAAUGUUUGUCAAAUGUUGGGAGCUGUUCUUUUCCUGUAUCCUUUUAUUGAUUUAAAGAUCAUCUAUCUACACAGAAAGAAAAAAACAGUCCUUCUGAUACAAGAUGGUGAGGUCUCCAUGACAACGGAUUCUCAUCAGCAUCCCUGUAUGGUUGACCUAACAUUUCACUAAACAGUUCGACUCAGAGUCAAGGUGUACUCUGUGGUUCUGUUGCCAUUGUCUGGGUUGCAGGACAUGAUCUUUCUCCAUGUCUGUGCUCAGUUUCCAGAGAUAAAAACCAUCAUUUUUACCAUCUUGUCAUCUUGCAAAGACGUGAUAUUCAAGACUCCUUUAUAUGGAUUGAUUUAAUAUUACAUUGUUCCUGAUGUAGCUGUUGCUUUUGAGAAAUAAUUACCAUCAUUAAGGGGUUUUGACUAAUCAAAUCAUGUAUUAAACAUAAGUAAGAACUAAAACAACAUCUUAAUUAUAGAGACACAACUCCAAUUCCUUCUGCAACUCAAAUCUCCAUAAUGAUUACUAUUGUAAUAAAAUAGCUGAUGUAAAUAAUAAAGUAUGAUAACCACCUGAUGCUUUGUUAUAAACCACAUUUAGAAAGGGACAAAAAGCCUCACAAUUUCUGUCUAAUUUGAGUCUAAAUCCAGCAGCCUGGAGGACGCUGUGACAUUUACAUGCCUUUUAAUGUUGUGACUAUUUCAGUCAUGUUCACUCAUUUUCAACUUAAAUAGAAACUCUUGAAAAAAAAUCCUUAUACAACUAUAAUUUGAGGGUUGAAAUAUCAAAUCAAAUUAUCAGGCAGGUUCACUCUGCCCGCUUCCCCUCACACUGUGGGAAACAGGCGGUGCUGGGGGACAGGAUCUCGCACACUAAUUAGUAAUUGCAUGACUUGUGCUCUGUCUUGUUUUCUCAUUCGGCAGCAUCGCAGUGCAGAGGCUAGCAAAUGAAUCACGCUUCAUUCUCUAUGAAUUCUGGGAGCACAACAACGUGUGGAAGAAGUAAGUAGUCUCCCUCUCUGUAAGUGAUUAUUGUGAUUAAUGCAGCGUGGCCUGUUCACAUAAACCCCAAAUUAUACUCAGUGCUCACUGAGAGGAAGUUUGUCGGCCUCUUUUUUUUAUAAAACUAAUAAGGAAAACAAGAAUGUGUUCAUAAUAGAAGAGUUUAUUUAUUAUUAUUUAAUUAUACCAAACUCAAUCAGGUCAAAAUGAUAAUUUUUCAGGUACUUUUAAUUUGAAAAUCAUGAAAAAGCAAGUGGCCCGGCAGAAUGGUAUCAUAAAUAACAUGGUUUACAAACAACAGCGUAUCCAUGAUCAGUAAUUGAGCUUUUUCCUGCACAGUCACCUGCAGACCAACUACAGUAAGACCUUCCAGAGGGGGAACGUGGACUUCCUGGAGACUCCUGAGACUGUAACCACCAUGCUGGUUCCUGGUAAGAACCUUCAUCAUCACACUCGAAUCGAUCACAUGAAUUUCGGCAGACUAAUUUUACUUAGCUCCAGGCUUCCUUUGGUAGGUCACACCAUAAAUCAGAGAGAUGUGCACCAACACACAGAGAUGCUCUUUGCACUACAGCAAAGUUUGUGGUGCAUUUAACCCUUUGAGCAUGCUUUGUGAAUUAGAUGACGUCUUUUUGGCUCAUUUGCAGAGACUUUUUGUAAAUCAGGUCUUCACUUUGCUGGAUACUAAAACUAGCAGAAUAAGAGGGCUUGAUUUUGACAGCUCAAAGGUUUCUUUACAGCCUUGGAAACAGAACUUUGACCAAAAAUAAAAUGUCAACACAAUGUCAGACCUCGUUAACAGAAAGGUGAAGAGAGUGGGCUUUGGCCAUCACAGUUUGUAAACACAACAUUACUCAUUCUGCCUUUAGGGAAGCCUGAGACCACAUCCAAAGACACGGGUUAUUAUUAUGGUCAAGUUAAUACCUGGUCAAACUUUAAAUUUAAAAGAAAAGUUGUAAAAACUAUUGAUGUACUUUUAAAGGUGCAGUAUGCAGCAUUUAGCAGCAUUUAAAGGGAUAUUCAGGCGUAAAAUUAAUUUAGGGUCAAACACACGUUUUUUCAUGGAAAUGCAAUCAGAUCGAGACGCUAAGGCAGAAGAACUUCCAAAAUGAUUAAUAUGGUGAUUAUUACUUCAAGGAAAUGAUAAAGAAAUGAUUGUAAAUGUUCUUCCUUGAGCUGCGUCACCCCGCAACAGUCCGUAAUGGACUGACCUUAGGUCUCCGUACAAACAAGCAGCUGCUGGAAGAGAGUAGGUGAGUUGUGUUUAGUCUCUUUGCUCAAGAAAUUAGGCAAAGCUAAAAAGAUGUUUGGUGGCUAGUGCUAUGGCUUGGACCCUAUAUGUACUGUUGAUGAAGUUAGGUGCUGUUCUGAGCAUUAUUUGUGGCUAUAGAGUGGCGUUUUGGUUGAGGUUUGUUUAUGGCUCCUCAGACCGCUGUGUAUUGCUAUCCUGCAGUCAUAACUAAAGUUGGUAAAACGAAAAAAAGCAAGUGGUUGGCAACAUCCAUCUCUUGAGGGGGUGGUGUUACGGUGUUUGACCCUAAAUUAAUUUUACGCCGGAAUAUCCCUUUAAUUCAACAUAAAUAUAUAUAUAACAGUCACAAAUGUUUUGAAAUUUGUGUAUAUAAAUCGGGAUUUUAUAGUUGUGUUUCUUUUGGUGCUUUUUGUUGUUUGUUUUGUCAGUAUUUUAGACAAAUGUACAUAAAUAAAGAAACCUUAAAAUGGUCUGAUAAUCGUUUUUCUGUAACACCUUUUCUGCUUCAUUUUCCCUGUUUCCUCCUGACCUCUGCAGCCUCAUGGUGGGUCCUCAACAACAACUGAAAGCUGGAAAAAGUACCUUCCACAGAUCAUCGUCGAUGUGCGCAGUGGUCAACACACCAGGAAGUCUCACACAGCACACUUACACACACACACAUGAACACGCACACACUCACAACUUGUGAAGUCACGGUGAUUAGUAUCAAUUUUGUGACCUCCAUGUUCCUUCAUAGUUAAGUGGUAGCUGAAAUAGCCCCACGUUUGUGUGCGUGUGUGUGUAAGCGAGUGUGUGCAUACCUGUGUGUGUCGUUACACUCCGACAUCUGAAAAGCAAUGACCUCAUUAUGUGAUUAUGUGGCAUCAUUGCUGCGUUUGACACCAUGUCAUCCAUGGCUCGUUGUAGAUCAUAAAAACUGAAGCGUGUGUGGCAGGCUGUGUGGCUGAGUGUGGCUAAGUGUGUGUGUGUGUGUGUGUGUGGGUGUGUUUCUGUGUGUUUGAAAGAGAGGCAGUGAAAGACAGAUAUAAUUGUACCAAUUGUAGCAGCUCUGGGGAGCUCAUAAACUGUAAUUUUGAUGUUUCUGUAGUUAUUGUGUCAAACUGAGUCACAAAUAAAGAUGUUUUAUUGUUGCGCAA